CCGCGGCGACGUGACGGUACUGAUUCAUCUGCCUCCGACGCCGGCUGCUCUGUCUACUCUGUCUACUUUGUAUCGCGAAACCUUCUACACAUAGUUUAGAGACGGCUCCAGACGAUACCAUACAAUAGUUAACUUUGUAUUACUUAUAAGUACAUUUACAAGUGUCUCGUGGUUUUAAAUUAAUUUUUCAAACUGGAUGCAGAUUAAAAAUGCGAUAAAUCAAAAUCGAUUACGCAGAGACUUACCAUACACGUGCUGGUAGAGCGUACGUGACACAUGUGAUUAUGAUUACAAAUCACGGAAUUAAAUAACACACACAGCAGCUUACGUAGCACUUGUGCUACACAAUUGUCACGCGAGUUUACAGUCAAUGAGCAAAAGAGGGAAGGUACUCUAGGUAAAUUAUGACAAGGAAAAGUAAGGUCGACGUUAUCAAAGAGAAGAAAGCUGAAAAGAAGCUUAAUUAUGAAGACACUGAAGUGAAAGAUGAAUUUUUACUUGAGAAAAUUGAAAGUAAAUUUGGAUUUUGUGAUAGUAAAUUUUUUAGCAAUUUUGAAAGUGCUUGCGGGUUCAAGUUUGAAGAUUUAAAAAGUUUUGAUAAGUUUGUUGCUCUUUUGUAUCGGCCAACCGAUCCAGCUAGUUUGGGAGUCGUUCGAGCAUUAUUUGGAUUAUGUAUGGUGUUAGACGUGGUGGAGGAACGAGGUUUAGCGGACAUUGAUCUAAAAUGGGGAGAUCCAUACAGCUGUCACUUUCCACUAAUCCACGGGAUGCGUCCGCCAAGUUUACCCUGGAUGAUCCUUCUAUUCACAGUAAUGUGGUUGGGAGCCUUCGGAAUCAUGCUUGGACUCUGUUUCAAGCUAGCCUGUAUCUCCUUCCUCCUCCCCUACUGGUACAUAUUUCUUCUAGACAAAAGUUUGUGGAACAACCACAGUUACCUCUACGGAGUAGUCACACUGUUGCUAUUAGGCACCCAGGCGAAUCGAUAUUUCUCCAUUGACGCGCUGCGGAGUCAAGACAGUAAAACCAGCCAAAAAAUUCCUCUGUGGAAUUACUUCAUCAUAAAGUUUCAGUUUUUUGCCCUGUACUUUUUGGCAGGGUUGAAAAAAUCCAACCGAGAGUGGCUGGAAGGCUACGCGAUGACUAAUUUAUCAGACCACUGGGUCUUUGACCCCUUCAAGAUUUUUCUUACCACAGAACAAACGGAUUUCUUUGUUGUUCACUGGUUUGGGUUCAUCUUCGACCUCACCGUCGGGUUCUGGAUGCUUUUUGACAAGACCAGACUUCCUGCGAUGCUUUUCUGCACAACUUUUCAUCUUAUGAAUUCAAGAUUAUUCAGCAUAGGAAUGUUCCCUUACGUUUGUUUAGCGACGAUGCCGCUUUUUUGCCAUGUUGACUGGCCCAAGAAAUUUUUAAGUAAAUUAAAAAUAUUGUUUGUUAAUUCAAAGUCAAUUAAUCAAGCCUGUGAUUGCGCAUGUAGUGAAACAAGUACAAUAAAUGAAGAAAACUCCUUAUGCGAAGAAAAGAUACCCUCCAAAAUAAAGGAACCGAAUUUUGAGUCAAAAUUAGAAAUUAAAAAUCCAAAACCUACAAAAAAACAAAAAUUUGUUGUAACUUUAUUAUUAAUUCAUAUUUUUUUACAAUUUUUCUUACCUUACUCCCACUUUAUCACCAAAGGUUACAACAAUUGGACUCCUGGGUUGUACGGGUACUCUUGGGACAUGAUGGUGCAUUCCUGGGACACAGUUUUGAUCGUAGUCAGGGUUCACGAUAAUGAGAAAAAUGAGGACCACUUUGUAGACCCACAGGCUUGGGUCCAGAAUGAUAAGUGGUCGAAACAUGGCGAUAUGAUGAUACAGUACGCUCAGUGCUUGAAAAAUAAUUUGCUGCACAGGAAAAAAGAAGUAUUGAAGAGAAGAAAUUUAGGUAUGAGUCACGCUCGGGGAGAGUGGUCCCAGAUAUCUGGAAACCUGAGUAUUUAUGUUGAUGUACGGUGCUCUUUGAAUGGAAGAUUCCAGCAACGGAUUUUUAAUCCCGAGAUCGACAUGUUGACGGUUGAUUGGCACCCCUUUAAGCCGGUCAGCUUUCUUAUGCCGCUGCUCACCCAGUUCAGCGGGUAUCGCAAGAAGAUGGACGAGAUUACGAGGCACGUGUACUCUUGGUCUAAUUACACAGAUGUCUUCUUUGUCGCUGACUACCCUGGAAUGGUGCUGGAGAAUUACUUCAGUGAGGAUUUUAGUAAUAUUUCGCUGACUGUUCUCGAGGGAGAGGUCACUUACAUUGAAGAAGACUCGAAGAGUAAAGUGACGAUUGUCAAGGGUCACAGUGUGGGAGUUUCUUGUGGGAAGUUGCAUGAAGUUACCACUGUCAGUGCUUAUCCGUCUUGUUAUAUGUACACUUAUACCAAUCAGACGAGAGAAAAUUUGGAAAUCAUUGAUCAAAAUCCCGAAUCAGCAAGACGUAGAUCCGGAUGGCCAAUAAUGAAGGAAUUGAACUACAAAAUAAAUGCCUGGUGGCGUGCACUAGGUCACAUUGCCAAUGCAUUUUUUUACCUCGUCUAUGACGUGCCAAUGCUAAGAAGAGUUCCACGCACACUGAAUUACUACGAGUAUGACUAAGCACUAAAUUUUAAUUGCCAAAACUUAUCCUAAAAAAAAAAGAAGAGAAGACAGCACUUCUGGAAUUUAUAAUGAUUAUUAUUAUUAAUAUUGAUUAAAUUAAAUCAAUUAAAAUGUUGAUAGAAAAAAUUUUAAAAAUAACUGUGAUUGUAUAUGUAGAUGAUAUUUGUGAUUGAUGUAGACUUUGUCUAAGUCAAACUCAGUAAUUUAUGAAAUUACCUGAGUGAAUAAGUAUAAAUAUAUAUAUUUGUAAUGUGUAAUUA